AUGGUUGCUGCGUCAGAUGCAAACUCAGACUUGUCUAAAACAGUUGUCAAACUUGGAGGAUUUCAUAUGCUCAUGUCUUUUCUUGGAUGCAUAGGACAUGUAAUGGACGGAAGUGGUCUCAAGGAAGCUUUAAGUAAAAUAUAUGCUACAAAUUCGGUCGACAAAAUGUUGAAUGGUCACGCUUAUGCAAGAAGUAUCAGAGGCCAUAUAUUAUUACGACUUGCAUUAUCAAUAAAGAUUUUUGAAGAGAUGAAAAUUGAAAAUUGUGUGUUAGAUGAGUUAAUUGAACAGAUAACUAGUCGCGAUGUUUCCUACGAAGAUGUUGAAGGAUGUACGAGCAGCUCCAACUCGUCAAUUGAUCAAUUUCAGGAUAAACUAAAAGAAUUAAAAGCUCGAGGUCCCACGGCACAGUUAUGGGUGCAAUAUUUUGAAAUGAGAAUAACUGUAAGCAAAAAAUUUGAAAGUAAUUUACAAGAAUAUCUUCAGUAUGAACUAAGCCCGUAUCCGACAUCUUUAUUUGAUAGUAAUGGCAUGAGAAAAACCACGAAAGCAACAUUAUAUGACAAUAUGAUGCCUGUCGUUAUCGAUCUUGAUGAAAAUAAGUUUUGUGAAGCUAAGCUUGAUGCUAAGUAA